CAGGCAGCCGAGGGCUGCGGACGCCCAGGGGUGGGACCCCGGGGCUGGCGGGGAGGAGGCGGCCGCCCCCGAGGCGGGCUUGGAGAGCUCUGGUGCCUAGCCACCCCCCCCCUUCCCGCGACGUGGGGUCUUCUCCCCCGGGUCCCGAGGGCGGGCUCCGCCGGCGGCACCUCGGGGACGUCCCCCACCCCGGGCAGGGAUCUCGCCAGCCCGGCCAGCUCGCUGGGACCUCAGAGACCCCUUAUCCCUCAGCAGCGUGGGGUAGUGGAUGGAGAGCUGGGGUCGAGUCCCGCCUCUGACAGAUUUGGCUGUGCCGCCCGGGGCAAGUCACUUUACCUCUCUGGGCCUCUCUGAAAAAGUUUCGGCUCUUGGGGCCGUUUUUAUUGGUGGGAGUUCCGAACCUACACGCUGGGAAUAACGGGUCCCUUCCAAGAAACAAACCCAACCGGAGAGGUGACUGACUUCCCAAGGUCGCAACCUGGGGUAUAUUGUGGAGGUGGGAUUUCACCUUUCCCGGGUUCUUUGCAUUUCAAAGCCCUCUUGGAGAAACUUGACGCUUUCCCUUUUUACCCAAGGUCAAACAGGGGGCAGAGUCGAGAUUCGAACCCUGCACUUCCUGUUCCAAGUGCUGUGCGCUUUCCCCUCCCACCUGGCGUUGCCUUCUGGCAGCUCCUGUGCUGGGUGGCCAGGCGCUUCUGCUCCUCUGGGAGCAGCUGAGAACAGGUUUUGGUUACUGGGAUAAACAGCCCGGAGGCAGCGGCUUAGCGGGCUCGGUGGUGCCACCCCCACAGGUCCUUCCUGGUUCUGGUUGAAGUUCCUGCCCAGAUGUUGAGUGUUCCGUAGGAGCUCCUCAUCUGCCCAGCUGCUGCUGCUGCUGCCGCCACGCAUUCUCCUGGCUUCUUUACGUGGCGUCCCGGCCAGCUCGAGUGCACUCACUACCUGCUUUGUGCACCAUCCUGUGCACAAGGGCGUGCCUCUAGAGCUUUUCCUAAGCAUUAUCCUUGAAAAUGGGAGGUGCUGUCAGUGCUGGGGAAGACAAUGAUGAGCUAAUAGAUAAUUUGAAAGAAGCACAGUAUAUCCGGACAGAGCUGGUAGAGCAAGCCUUCCGAGCUAUUGACCGUGCAGACUACUAUCUUGAAGAAUUUAAAGACAAUGCCUAUAAAGACUUAGCCUGGAAACAUGGCAAUAUUCACCUGUCUGCCCCAUGCAUAUAUUCGGAAGUGAUGGAAGCCCUGGAUCUACAACCUGGACUUUCAUUCUUGAAUCUGGGUAGUGGCACUGGUUAUCUCAGUUCUAUGGUUGGACUCAUUUUAGGUCCUUUUGGUGUAAACCAUGGGGUAGAACUUCAUUCAGACGUGAUAGAGUAUGCCAAGCAGAAACUGGAUUUUUUCAUCAGAACAAGUGAUAGUUUUGACAAGUUUGAAUUCUGUGAACCUUCCUUUGUUACGGGCAACUGUCUGGAGAUUUCUCCAGAUUGUACUCAAUAUGAUCGUGUUUAUUGUGGUGCUGGAGUUCAGAAAGAACAUGAAGAUUACAUGAAGAGUUUGCUUAAAGUUGGGGGAAUUCUUGUCAUGCCACUGGAAGAAAAGUUGACUAAAAUAACUCGAACGGGUCCUUCUGCUUGGGAGACCAAAAAGAUUUUGGCUGUUUCUUUUGCUCCUCUGAUCCAGCCCAGCCAUUCAGAUUCAGGAAAGUCAAGACUUGUGCAAUUGCCUCCGUUGGCUGUUCGUAGCCUCCAAGAUUUAGCUCGAAUUGCAAUCCGAGGAACUAUUAAAAAGAUAAUUCAUCAAGAAACAAUGGGCAAAAGUGGAAAUGGACUGAAAAACCCACCCAGGUUUAAGCGAAGGCGAGUUCGACGCCGUCGAAUGGAAACUAUUGUCUUCUUGGACAAAGAAGUCUUUGCCAGUCGUAUUUCCAACCCAUCUGAUGACAACAACAAUUGUGAGGAUGUGGAAGAAGAAAGGAGGGAAGAGGAGGAAAAGAAUGUGCCUGAAAUGAAGCCAGAUCCUCCUGUAAACUUUCUGAGAGAAAAGGUCUUGAGUCUGCCCCUGCCUGACCCUCUGAAAUAUUACCUGCUUUAUUACAGAGAAAAAUAAGUCUUCUAUUUAUAUUAAGGAAAAGAUACAUAAGAGGGGAAGUGGUGAGGGCCUUACAACAUGUAUAUGACUUGCUUACCUGUUAACAUGGUCACCCCUGGCAUAGAUUGGCUGGAGAAUGUGACUGCUGUAUACUUAAACAUCCUCAUUUUUUUCUCCUAGUUUCUUGGUGGUGUGCUAAUUUUCUUUUUAAUCUUGUAGCAGGAUUUCCUUUAAAAGUGACCUGGUGGACACAAACUGCCUAGAAGCAAAUAUUCCAUCCAUUGAGGGGAAAGAAAAUCACCUCAACAAGGCUGUUUUGUAUUUCAGCCAUACUUUAAAAACUAAACUCCAGUUUAAAAUGUUUCUAGGCAGCACCCUAAAGACUACUCUGCAGCAAAGUUGCUUAAAAUAGUAUAUAUUGUGUAAUUAAAAUGAAAACUGCUGAUUCAAAUUAUUUUGCUUCUUCCAAAACCCCCACCUAAAGCACAAAUUUUACAAGUACACAAAAUCACUUCUGGGGGCGAUACUCUGAAUGUCCAGGUUUGAAUUCUGAAUUUAAGUGAUAUCUGCCCUUAAUCAUUGGCACCGAGUCUGACUCUUCAUAUAGUUUACUAGAAUGGAAAAUAUUGUUACAAGCCUGUUUAACCAGAUUAUAAAUAAGUAAAUAGAUAUAAGUUUUUGUGAGUUUGCAGAUUGUAAAUUUUCUAAAGAGAUAGUGAUGUUAAUUGGAAAAAGCAAAUCAGAAAUACAUCAAAGUACCCAACUUUGUUUCUGCAUAGUGAGGAUCAUAUGUAGGUGAAAUCCUUUAUGGAUUUUUGUGUGAACAAUUUACAAGCUAAGCUCUGAAAUCUUUGUCAAGUAUAGUGUUAGAAACUCCUGAAAGGGUAUUUUGAGAGAUGUCACAGAUUCUUUAUGUCUAAGUUAACAUGAUUGAUGUUCUUAAGAAUAUGCAAUACAGACCCAGAUGUGGUUGACCUGAGGAUGGAAAUUAAUAUCAUUCUGAAGCAAUUGACUACUCAGUUUCUCAGAAUGUAUAGAAGAUGAAAAAUCUCAGAACGUAAUUAGUGGCAAUGUUCCCUAUAGACAGUCCCUGCUUUCUUGACCUCAGUUUAGUAUUUUUCUGUAGCUAGAUAAGAGUAAUGAGAUUUAGCUUUUAUAGUUCCAACAAAAAUAGAUUUUUUAAAAAUAAUUUUUCUUAAAAAAUGGAUCUUUAAAAUUUUAGUUGUGUUUGAUGAAUUUAACUUGCAAUGAAUUGUAAAUUAAACUUUCCCCAGAUUAUGAAGAGUGUAAAAGUAAAAAGGGGAAAGAGUUCUCGGUCUUUCUGAACUAGUGAAGAAAAUGGUCUAAUCUUCAAGAUAACCUGACUGAAAAACCUUUCAAUUAUCUAAGACUACUUUUGAGAUACACUGGAAUUAAGAUUGCUUGAUCCAAAGUGUUUUGUUCAUUUUUGUUUACUUCCCUGU